AUGAGUAAUGAUCUAUCUCCUACUAGCAGUCGGCCUGAUGUGCAAGAAGAGGUAGACUUGUCGUCUUUAACGCCUCAAGAACAGAAGUUGUACAAAAUGUACGGCAAGAUGCCUAGUAAGAAGGAUUUGUUCAAGCACAAACUACAUGAAAGGAAGUACUUUGAUAGUGGAGACUACGCUUUAAGCAAAGCUGGUGUUAAAAGUGGUGACUUGGAGUCUGAUUCUGUCGGUAAUUCUCACCUCCCGGUUACAAAUCCCUCAGGAUUAAGAGAAUCCAUAAUCCGCAGGCGUAUGUCGAACAGCGCAUCAGGCGCAGACCCCCAACACUCCAAUCGGCAAAGCAGUAUAUCCUCCGGACCCCCACCCAGGUCGCCCAAUAAGUGA